UAAGACACAGUCUUCUUUGAAGCUGCUGUCUAAUGAACAAGACAAGGUUAAUACUAUACGUCAGUCAUCUAAUGGUAUCUAAUUACACUGAUAUUAAAAUGCUAAGGGUUUUUAACUGGCCCUGCAUCCCCCCUUAGCCUGUUCCUCUUGAGGUUUUGAUGUCCUGGUGCUGUACCUCUGUGGUGCUCUGGGCUUGUGUAGGGUUAGAGUAAAUAGCCCAUCAUAGGGCUCCUCUGCACACAAUGCUUUCAGUUUAUGUGUUGCUUAGAAAGGCAUGAAAAAGUCUGCAUGAGUAUUUGGUCUCUUUAAAUGGGUGCAUAAUGAGGGUUGUUGAAAAGAUAGUGACUGUGCCUUCCUAAGGAUGGAGGAGACCAGGGUGCCUCUGUACUCUGGAGCUUUGGAAAUAAAAUAGGUGAAAACUAGAACAUCUCUGAAUUUCAGCUGGAGCCAGGAAUCUGUUCAUAGACUCUUCUACCAAGCACUUUUGAAAAGGGAUGUGUAGAAUAACGUAUGUGCAAGUAUUUUGAACAUCUUGUUCAAGGUGAAACAAGUUCCUUUCAGAACUGAUUGCACUGUUAACACUAAUUGAUGAAUGUAGUAACUGAUUAAUUAUGUUAGCCUUCUGCUUAACAAAAGGCAACAGGUAAUUUUUCAGUACCAGGAUUGGACUGUUACUGGAUGUCUUAACCAAUGUGACCAUUACUUUUAAUAAUCUCUGAAACAAAACUUGAAAGAGAGGAAAACAAAAGUUUAAGAAUUCACUUUAAUGUGAAUAGAUGCUGCAUGGGAUAACAGAUAAAAAUGUUCUUCAGCUUAAGAAAACAAAACACAGAACACUGAAUUUCUGCUAGGUCUGCUUUUGUGAGAAGAAGCUGAGUCUACUGUUAACCCCAGUACAUUCAGGAAGUGAGGGAUUCCAGUUUUUUCCUGAUAUUGCUACAGGCCUAGCUUUAACCAGGUCAGUUAAAUUCAGAACUCUGAGAAUGAUUAGGCUUGUUUUGCUAUGUGUUGCUAGGCCAUAGUGCCUCAGGGCUUUGACUUAAAAUUGCCUUUUAUCUAAAUUCUGUGCAAGUAAUUGCAUUUUGUGCAUUCCACAUUGCAGCUGAACAGCAUGACCCAAGUGCAGCUGCAAUGUCAGUGCUUCUGUCAUGUUUGCGGCUGGAUCCUCUGCUGUGCUGUGUUUCUUCACUGAUGUUUCAGUAGUGGGCAGCUGGCUUGGAUCUUCUUUCCUUAUUGUUCUGUCUUUGGAAGGCUAACAUGACACAGUCCUCACUCUUACACUCAAAUUCCUGCUGCUGUUUGCUAUUUUUUAGGGACAUGCUUUUCACCAGGGUGUCAGGAGGCUCCUGCCAUGACCUGGAAGUUGCAUGGUGUGACAGGCGGCGUUUGGCUGCAGGCAGUGCCGCCUGGCAGCCCAGGAGCAGAUGUGUGUGCUGAGUCUCUCAGCAGAUGGAGCAGUGAGUCAGCCUAAGGCACUGCCUGGCCAAAGCAAGGGCUUUGACCUCUGUGUGCAGAGGACCUAAACAGCAAUGUCCAUUGCAGCUCUGGAGGAAAGAUCGGCCUCUUGGCUGUAGGGAAGGGAUUUCAGUCCCAGUGGAGAAAUGCGCGAGGAGCAUUAUGGCAUGGCCUAUGCAUACAAACAGUGCUGGAUGGAUUUUAUGCAAAUAUCCAGAGAAAAUUUGUAGUCUUAGAUCUCCACGGAGAUUGUAGGAUAUUCUUAGGAUGGAAGAACAUGAGGAAACUGUCUGGAUGUGUUUGCCAUACAAUAAUGUGGUUUUUUUCCUUCAUUCUGGGGAAGGGUGAUAUUUGCAAGGCACAUUCAGUCCCUGUUCUGCCUUGUUUUCUCUGUGCAAUGGUGUGACCCUGCCCUCUUAAUAUAAGUAAGGUGCUGACUGUUAUAGAUGAAAACUCAGCCUCAAAAAAACUUAAGAUGUCUUGUCUGCAGUGUAAUGCUGUAAUGAGCUAAGAUGUUUUCUAAUUUUAUAUGACAUCUUUCUCUCAGUCUUGAACUUUUAAUUCAAAUUCUAUCUGUGAGUCUGUCAUGGUGCUCCCAAUCCUAGUAAGUGAAAUGUUGCAGUUUUAUUUAUGUGUGUAAUUACAGAUACUCUGUGCUGCUGCUGCAGAGAAUAGGAAAGGGGCUCACAGGUACCAUGACAGAAAUAGGUAUGUUGGCAGAAAUGGCAAAUUUCAAGUAGUUGUAGUGUCUAGGGAAGAAAGGUCACAGUGCUGUCUGCAGUGAGGGGAGUGGGGGUAAGGGGUUAGUGUAGACUCUUGAUGACAGUUUGGUGUUCCCUGUAUUCUCCUUACUGGCAGCCUUUGGAGCAAAUAGCUGGACCAUCUAAAUAGCUUCUCACCUGCUACCUGCUCCAGCAGCACAAGGGGGGUUGCUGUCCUAGAAUAUUCCUCUGAAGCUCAGGUAGGCUUCAGAGCACCCCACAGUGCACAGUGGUACUGGUGUCACCUACCUGUGUCCUCCUCCAUUACCGUGGCAGUGUUUGGCCCGGGUGUGGGCUCUGACUUCCAGCUGAUUUUGAAACUGACACCUGGUACAUCACUAGGAUCAGGUUGCUUACAAGUAUUUAGAAGACCUGGAGCCUUUUGCCCAUGCCACAGCAAAAUUUUGGGUUUAUAUUUUUUUCUAUUUGGGAUCUAAAUCCUCAUUAAACAGGGGGUAAUAUGUGGAGGUGUAUUAUAAAGCUUAACUUGUUACCUUUUGAGAAUGGCUGUAGUGCCCCUGCAUUCCUUGCAGAGUUGUUUAUUUUCCUUGUGUUUUCUGCAGUUGCUGGGAUAGGAUGGCUCAGUGUACUUAAUGUAGUUAAUAGAUUUUCUGUGUUACUUUGUCAGAGAAAUUUGAUGAAGUGUGGAAAAUAAUUGGGAUAUUCUAAUGUAAGUGUGCAGCACUGGCAGAUGUAGAACAGGAAGGAUUUUCUCUGGCACUGAUUCGUAGAUGUGCGUGUUUGCCUGAAGAAAUGCUGGACCGUCACACACGUACUGGUGCAAAGUAAUUUGCAGUUGUGUAAAGCAUUGUCUUGGCAAGAAAAAGUAUUGUUUAUUAAAAAAAAAAAAGCAUAGCUAUUGUGUGAUGUAAGGCAAGUAAAAAUCUUUGUAGAGUCACACAUUUUUCAGGGCUUUUUCUUCUGUCAGCUGAAAAUCUCUAUAGAGCGAAACUUUUCUAAGCAACAGUUUAAAUCUAGUAAAAGUCUCUGUGAACGAGGAGAAAGAGGUAAAUUAUUAAUUUGUUUUCCCUGGGGUUCGAACCAUUCCCAAGCCUCCGUUUGGGAAAAGAUUAAAGGGACGUUUUGCCUUAGAGAGCCCUCCAGCGGUGGGGGCCGUAAUAAACGUGGGAGGGGUUUGGGUUUGCCGUGGGUUUGUAGCGGGGUUACUGCUGGAAAUAGGAAAGGAAGAGAUUUGGGGGUGGUUUUGGGUUUUUUAUUUAUUUUUAAUGCAAAAGGUACAUUUCUGUACCCACAUCAUUCGUGCAUUGGUAUAUAUUUUAGACAUAACUGAAAGCAGCUUGCAUUGCCCCACAUACAUAUAGAGAUACAUGCGAACUGAAGAAUGGGUUUCAAUAGAAGUUGCAUUUUGCUACUGAUCUGGGACAAGUGGGAAGGAAAAGCAUCACCUGGCUUUAUAAAGUGCCCCUCUGACACCAGUAAUACUGUGUUAUUGGAGGAGAAAAACAGCCUGAGGUUUUGGAUUUUAUAUUCUUAUACCAGUAUUAAUAAGCAAUGUGGUAAGACGUAUUUUAUCUGGCUUAGAAGCUGUGGUUCCAUCUUCCUGGACUAUUUGUAUACUUCAAUGUUUAAUUUCUUGUUUUAUCUUUUUGGCUUUAUUUUAUGAACUACAGUGUUGCAGAAAAAAAAUAUUUUGAUGAUGUCUGCCUUUAGUUUUGCCUUUUUUUUUUGUCAAUUCCAGUUGCUGUAAAAUAAGUCAAAUUUAAGAAGAGACAAUGUGGUGGUACAUAGGAGGGACUGCACAUACUGGAAAGUUGCAUUUUAAUCAACAAGUAUAAAAUUUCUUUUGUUAAUUGCUACUGUACAUCUGGAAUCCUAUCUGAGUAAAAAUAGUAAUGGUUUGCUUUUCUGAGACAUUCAGCAUUGCAAGCUCUGACUUCUUUGGAAGGUGCAAUAUCUGAGGUGCUUUUGAAAAUCUUGCCAAAGUGUCAGAGGAGGAAAGCAAAGAUAUCAAAUUAUUGCCAUGCCUUUAUCUUUCAGGGCAGGACAGUGUUGCACGAGGAAAGUGGCUUCAUUGCCAAACAGGUCAUCUUUCCUUUCAGAACCCUUCCACCCUGUUCCUGCCUAAUCCUCUUCUGACAGGAAAAAUACUGUAAUAAUACAAAUACCCAGAGCUGUGAGUGUAGAUGUGGGGCAUUAAAGAAAACGUUUGCUCGUGGCACUGUGACUCGAGAUCGUGUGUAGUAAUGAUGACUAAAUAUUGUGACUGCACAAGUUUUAUAUAAGAAUUUUCUUACCAUUAUAUUCAAAUGGGUGAAAGAUGCAGGAUAUCUGUUUUGGUGAGCUGAGGAGUGGGAGGGAAUGCUCUAUGAGUGUUUCACAGGUUAGAGAAGAGAGAGGUCUUCACGUAUACUUUGUAUGGGAUGACUGUAUUUUUGUGUCACUGCACUCCUAUUGCUGCUCAGAAGGCACAGCCCUAGCCUGGGACCUGCUUGACCUACCUAUGAACCACUUACAGCUGAAAAACCACUGCUGCUUAUCCUUGUCACUUUUAUACCCAGUAUGAAUACUGACUGAAGGCAAAAACGGUAUGAAGCAGGAGUGAGAGGAAGCAGCUGCUUUCUGAUACUGCGUAUAAACUCUUUGGGCAAGGGCUUAUUGCAGCUAAUGUUUAUGCAGGGUUUUUAAAAAGAUCUGUACUUUGGUGUGCUGGUACUUCAUCCCUGAAGGGAAGAAAACAUGAGCUUUUGCAGCUCAGGUCUUUGAAAAAUGCCCAGUAAUUUCCUGCCCAGCAACAUGCUUUGGAAAAUUUGCCCGAAGUAAGCUGACAAGUAUUGUGUUUAGGAGAGGGAAGAUGUUCAGGCUUUUAAGGCAUAUUCAACAGCCAUUUUCUAUAGACCAGGCUGUUUUAGAAAUGUAGCGACUGAGCUUUCUGAAAGUCAUGCUGCUUCACUUUGAAAAAUACUGGAAUGUGUUUUUCUUGUGUCUUUAUCGGAGAGUUUAACUCAAACAAAGAAUCUUGAAGAAGUAGGUCUGUAAAGAUUUGAAGGGAUGGGCUUUAGAGUAAAUGUAUCCUGUUUUUAAGGAAGCUGACAUUUGUCUAUUCAUGUUGAACUGCAGGUUUUUGCACUCUGCAUGAUGAUGGGAAUUAGUUCCAAGCCAGGCUGAUGAUUGAUUGAACUGAGUCAACUUUUGUUGAGGUUUCCAGAGCAUUGCACAAGAGGUUUGAGGGGAAAAAGUUUGGGGGCAUGUGACAGUUAAUCUCAUUAGCAGUAAGAAUGAAGUUUAAGCAUACUGUUCAAAAUUUACUCAGUUCUGUGCUGCUCUUUGUUUUAAUUAACAAUCUCCUGCAUAAACUGCAUAAACUUCUUUCAACUUUAGUCCAAUUAAAUCAUGCUUGGAAGCUGUCAAUGGCAGGGGGAACUCCUCCCUACCCCCCUUCUUUUAAUUGUUCAGUGAGUCUAUUGAAUAAUGAAAGAAUUUGCCUGACAGGGUUUUGUAGAGUUUCGUCUUCUUGAUGAAUUGUUGCAGAAGAUAGACGACACUCUUUUGUCGAAAAUGCAUUGGAAUGACUCAUCCAAUUCCUCAGAAAGUGACAAUGAAGCUCAUUCAGCCUUCACGCAGACUGAGCACAACAUAGUUGCAGCUUACUUAAUAACAGCAGGAGUGAUAAGCAUUUUCAGUAACAUUGUUGUGUUAGGCAUCUUUGUUAAGUACAAAGACCUUCGGACAGCAACCAACACAAUUAUUAUCAACUUGGCUUUUACUGACAUUGGUGUUAGUGGCAUUGGAUACCCCAUGUCUGCUGCCUCAGACCUGCAUGGAAGCUGGAAAUUUGGAUAUACUGGAUGCCAGAUCUAUGCUGCCUUAAAUAUCUUUUUUGGGAUGGCAAGUAUUGGUUUGCUGACUGUUGUUGCAGUUGACCGUUACCUGACCAUCUGCAGGCCUAAUAUAGGAAGAAGAAUGACCACCCGUAGCUAUGCCGCUCUCAUCCUUGCUGCUUGGAUAAAUGCAGUCUUCUGGGCUUCCAUGCCUAUUGCAGGCUGGGCCAGCUACGCUCCAGAUCCCACUGGAGCAACGUGCACAGUAAAUUGGAGGAAAAAUGAUGCGUCCUUUAUUUCCUACACAAUGAGUGUAAUUGCUGUUAAUUUUGUUGUACCCUUAACAGUCAUGUUUUACUGUUAUUACAAUGUUUCCCGGACGAUGAAACAAUGUGCCAGCAGUAACUGCCUGGAGAGUAUUAACAUAGAUUGGUCUGACCAAGUAGAUGUGACAAAGAUGUCUGUUGUGAUGAUUUUAAUGUUCUUGGUGGCAUGGUCUCCAUAUUCCAUUGUGUGUUUGUGGUCUUCCUUUGGAGACCCAAAGAAAAUUUCUCCUGCAAUGGCCAUCAUAGCUCCUCUCUUUGCAAAAUCUUCCACAUUCUAUAAUCCCUGCAUUUAUGUCAUUGCAAACAAAAAGUUUCGGAGGGCAAUCCUGGCAAUGGUGCGAUGUCAGACAAGACAAGAGAUAACCAUAAACAAUGCUUUGCCCAUGAGUGUAUCUCAACGUGCACUGACAUCGCAGAACUCCAGUCAUUUGCCUGCAUAAGUUACAUGGAAAGGAGUGAAAUCUGGGUUCAAGUUAAUUAAUCUUUUGGACAAUUAAUCUUUUUGAAUAAUAAUCUUUCCCAGCCAGCUGUUUUGUGUUAGUCACUGUAAUCUUUUUAGAGAAGUUAAGGAGACAAAACCUGCCAAGACUGUUUUUUGAGUGGUUUAUUGGCCCAGUAUGUCUGUCCCAAACAAAAAGGGUAACAAAGUGGCCACUGUGGCUCUUACAGAGUUAGACAAGGUGGCAGAGGGGUCAGUAAAGACAAAAGUGCGAAGUGCUUGGGUUCAGUAACCCUAGAUUUUCCAUGUGUAUUGAUUCUUUUCAUGAAGCACUUUCCACCGACUUCCCUUGAAAGUUUUCCAGACUUGAAAUAUUCUGGAUACUCCCUGUCGCUCUAUAUUUCCUUACCGAGUGUCCAUGUUGAUAUGCUUUGCAAAGUUCUGUUUCUGUGAAUAUGUUAGGGUGUCAAAAUAUUUACCCUGACCCCAUAGGAUCUUUUAUUAAGUUUUAGGAUUUUGAAGGAAUUUCAACAUAUUUAAAGUAUUUUUAAAAUUUUGACUGGCAGAACCAAAUUAAUUUGUAGGAAAGACAGCUUUUGUUUUGUAAGUAGCAUGUUUCUAGUGCUUGUGACUGCAUAUCCUGAAAAUGUGGAAAAAUGUACCUUCAAGCUCCACACUUGGGAGGCACAUAAAACUGAGUAAAUAUUUAUGGUAAUUUCUCAUCACUUCUAAGUCAAUCCUAUGUUUAUAUAGGUCUGAUGUUUAAUUUUCAAGAGAUAUCUUUGGCAGUCUGAGCAAUGGAUUUAUUCAGGUUGAAAAAGAUGACUUUGUAUAGAUCUAUCUCCAAUUGUUAUGGGUGUGUGCAUAUGCAGUUUGGCUUUGCAGUGUAAAACUUAUUUAAAGCAUAUGUGUAUUUUUGGCAAAAGUCUGGUUUUACAAGAUUUUUUAAAAGCUCUGCAAUCUAGGGUUCCUCUUAAUUUGUCAUUUUCAGUAUUAAAGAAAAUGCCAUGCAAUA